AUGAGUAGUGCCGCGGUGCCUGCCAAAGGCCCGUUUCCCGUGAACGGCCUGCUGCCGAAGCAGGCGACGCAUGCCGAUGCGUUCCUGAAGCGCUUCCCCGAGUACGAUGGCCGCAACGUGCGUGUUGCGGUGCUGGAUACCGGUGUGGAUCCCGCAGCACUCGGCCUCGAUGGGCCGAACAAGGUGGUGGAUGUGAUCGACUGCAGCGGCGCCGGCGAUAUGCCGCUGCAGCCGGUCGAGGCGCAGCCCGCGCACGACGGCGCGGCGCUCGCGCUGACGUCGCCCACGACGAAGCGCACGCUGCUCGUGUCGCCCGAGUGGAAGAACCCCACCGGGGUGUGGAAGGUCGGCACGAAGCGCGCGUACGACCUGUGGCCGACCGAGCUCGUGAAGCGCCGCAGCGAGCAGCGCAAAAAGGCGUUUGACGUGAGCCAUGCCGCACUCCUCCAGGCCGCGCAGCGCGAGCUCGCGCAGUUUGAGCAGAGCGGAGUGAAGGACGCGCUCAAGAAGGACGAGCUGUCUGCCCGCAUUGCGCUUCUGCGCGACCUGCAAAAAUCCUGGAAGGACGCCGGGCCGAUCGUCGAGGCAGUCGUCUUUCACGACGGCAGCCACUGGCGCGCGGCCGUCGGCGGCGGCGAGGGCGACGCGGCGGACCCCGCCUCGGGCGAGCCGGACGCGGUGCGCACGCCCGAGCUCGACCUGCGUGGCGCCAAGUGCCUGACCGACUUUCGCACCGAGCGCGAGUGGUCGUACUUUGGCCAGAUGGACCUCUUGACGUACACGGUGAACAUUUUGGACGACGGCGCGCUCCUGUCGCUCGUCACGCUCAGCGGGACGCACGGCACGCACGUCGCGGGCAUCAUUGCCGCCCAGACCAACGAGGCGGCGACGAACGGCGUCGCGCCCGGCGCCGAGAUCGUGAGUCUGCGCAUCGGCGAUGCGCGCCUCGCGAGUAUGGAGCAGGGCCAGGCGCUGCUGCGUGCCGCGCAGGCGAUGAUCGACACCAAGUGCGAUGUCGCCAACAUGUCCUUUGGCGAGGACGGCGCGCUGGGCAUCGAGGACAAGGGCGCGUUUGCCGAGGCGCUGCACAAGGUCAUCCGCGAGCACGACGUGUGCUUUGUGAGUAGCGCAGGAAACGACGGGCCCGCUUUGUCGACCGUCGGCCAGCCUGGCGGAACGACGUCGGGCGUGCUGAGCGUCGGCGCGUACGUCACCGACGGCGAGAUGCAGCAGGCAGAGUACGCGCUCGUCGAGUCGGACGUCAAGUCGAGCGUCACGACGUGGUGCUCGCGGGGCCCCGCGGCCGACGGCGAUGCGGGCGUCUCGAUCUACGCGCCGGGCGCUGCGAUCACGUCCAUCUGCCGCUACGCGCUGCAGUCCAAGCAGCUCAUGAACGGCACGUCGAUGAGCAGCCCGAAUGCGGCCGGCGCGGUCGCGCUGCUCGUGAGCGGCCUCAAGGCGCAAGGGCGCCGCGUGUCGCCUGCGCGCGUCUUUGCUGCGAUCCGCGAGACGGGUACCGACGUCGGCGACGCGCUCGGCGUGCGCUUCCUCAACGUGAACAAGGCGUGGGACUACCUCGAGGAGCACGCCGACGAGCCGUACGGCGACGCCGACUUCCGCGUGCGCGUCACGCCGGCCGGCAAGCCGCCAGGCAGGGAGACGGACCUGCGUGGCAUCUACCUGCGCGAGGCCGAGGAGACUUCGCGCCUGAACCAGUUCAGCAUCACGGUCGCGCCGACAUUUAAGCUCGCCGAGACCGAGCGUGCAUUCGCACUCGAGAUCCGCGCGCGCCUCGAGGCGAGCGCGCCGUGGAUCUCCGUGUCCGAGUUCCUGGUCCUUGGCUCGAACGGCCGCACGUUUGAGGUGCGCAUCGCGGCGGACACGCUGCCGCCGGGCCUGCACGUCGGCUGGGUGCGUGCGUACGACACGGACGCGAAGAAGGCAAAGCUGUUCGAGGUGCCGGUCACGGUGACCAAGCCGCAUGUCCUGCCGUCGCCGACGUACACCUACCCGCCGGUGCACCUCGAGGCCGGCGCGAUCCGCCGCGAGUUUGUCAAGGUGCCGGACGGUGCGACGUGGGCCGAGGUGCGCGUCUGCAGCCGCAACCACGACGUGCGCAGCGCGAAUGUCAAGUUCUGGCUGCACCUCUUGCAGCUCGUGCCGCAAGCGCGCCGCAGCGCGAUUGAGCACUCGUUUGUCUUUGCGCUGAACGAAAACGAGCCGGUGGUCAAGCGCGUGGCCGUCGAAAGCGCACGCACGAUCGAGAUCUGCGCCGCGCAGUUCUGGGCGAGCCGCGCAGGGUUUGACUUGGAGCUCCAGGUGGACUUCCACGGCCUCGACGUCGGCGCGACGCUCCAGGCGCCGAUCACGCUCGUGAGCGGCGAGGGAAUGCACCGCCUCACGGCGACGAGCCGCCUGCGCAUCGAAGAGUGCAAGCCGACUGCGACGCUCGACACGCGCCGCUCGUUUGUGCGGCCGACCAAGAGCGAGGUACGUCCGCUCCUUGCGCCGCGCGACCGCGUGCCGUCCGGCCGUCAGCUGAGCGAGCUCGUGCUGCAGUACCCCCUUGCGGUGAAGGAGGCGAGCGGCGUGACGUACCGCCUGCCGAUCUCGGGCAACCUGUACGACUCGGGCGUGUCGCUCCUGACGCAGCUCGUCGACCAGGACAAUGCGACGGUGCACUUUGGCGACGUCUAUCCCAAGGAAGUGUCGCUGCAAAAGGGCGACUACACGCUCUAUGCGCAGGUCCUGCACGACGACGACGCGGCGCUCGAGCGCCUGCGCCACAUGCCGCUGUCCGUCGACGAGAAGCUGAGCAAGCCCAAGGAGGUCGCGCUCGACGUGUACGCCGACCACGUCGACGCGCUCGGCACCGCCGAUGCGCCCAAGCUCGACAUGGUCAAGCUGUUCCCGGGUGAGCGCCGUGUCUUGUGCAUCGACACGCACCUCGAGGGCGACAGCCUGCCGCCGUCCGCGGCGUCGGGCGACCUGUUGCUCGGCACGCUUGCGCUCGGCGCGCACGACAAGCACCCUCUGCGCCUCGUCGUGCCCCCGGCGCCGGCCAAGACCGGCGACGAGGAUGCGCCGGACGCGCCGCGCCUCCCUGCGCUCCUCGCCGGCGUCGCGUCCAAGCUGAGCGGCGAGCACAAGAGCCAGUUUUUGGCCAAGCUCGUCGCAGAGCACCCUACGGACCUCGACGUGCUCCUAGCGCAGCUCGAUGCGACCGACGCGGACAAGGCCGAGGACGCGGACAGGGCGCUCGCCGCAGCCGACGCGCUCCUUGCGACGAUCGACGAGCAGGCGCUCCUCGUCUAUCUCGGCGCCAAGCACCCGCCCAAGGCCGAGCAGAGCGACGAGGACAAGGCGCUCGCCAAGCAGCGCGAGGCCGAGCAGCGUGCGCUCGAGCUUGCGCUUGUCCGCAAGACGCGCGCGCACCUCGCCCAGGGCGACCGCGCGGCGUUUGACGCGGCGGUGCAGCACGCACGCAAGUUUUUGGCCGACACCGGCAGCGGCUCCAAGGCGCAGGCGAUGCAUGCUAACAUGGUCAUCGAGUGGCACAUGCACCACGAGCGCUAUGCACAGGCGCUGCAGCUCCUGCGCAAGCAGCUCACCGAGCUCGGCAACGGCACGCGCGAGUCGGCCGCCGAGCUGCGCCGCGCCAAGGACCUGCAGCUUGCGCUGCUCGACAAGCUCGGCUGGGGUCUCUGGCAGCACCACCACGCACGCUGGACGUGGCUCGGGCGCAACGAGGGCCCGGCUCCGUUCUAG